CUCGCUCCCGUCUGCGUGAGGGCGGUGCCACGCGAGGCGUGUCGGUGGUUUCCCGUCUCACCGGAAGUACGUAGUCGUCCCGCGACCGCAGGAGGGCCGCCGCCAUGGUGCAGCUCGGUAGCGGCCUUCUGAAGAGCUAUCGAGGCGGACACGUCGUCAUCCGUUUCGCCCUCGGCGGCUGCACCAACCGGCCCUUCUACCGCAUCGUAGCGGCGCACAGCAAACGCGCCCGGGACGGGAAGUACCUGGAGCAGCUCGGCUGCCUCGACCCGCUGCCCAACGCCCACGGCGAGAAGGUGGCGGGGCUCAACCUGGAGCGCCUGCGGCACUGGCUGGGCUGCGGCGCGCAGCUGUCGCGGCCCGCCGAGAAGCUCCUGGGUCUGGCGGGGUUUUUGCCGCUUCACCCCAUGACGAUAACCAACGCCGAGAGGCUCCGGCGGCGGCGGCGACGAGCGCAGGAGUCCGUUGUGCCCCCUGCUGAGGGCAGCUCGCAGGAGCCCGGCGCUGCGGUCUGAGAGGCGCCGCGCAGCCCCGCGUGCGCAGCGAGUGCCGUCCGUGCAGGGAGGAGCAACAAACGUGACCAUCAAACAUAACAGAAUAUCCCAGGUUGGAAGAAACCCACAAGGAUCCUUCAGUCCAACCCUUGGCUCUGCACAGCACCACCUGAAAUUCAAACAUUUUGUCUGAGAGCACUGUCCAGCUGCUUGUUGAACUCCCUCAGUUGGGCUGUGACCACUGCUCUGAGGAGCCUGUCCAGUGCUGGAAAAUACAAUGAUAUAUACAUAUUGACAUACAGCUUGAUAAAUACAUUGAUUUUUUUUUUUCC